CAGCUGUUUGAUUGCAUUUUAAAACAAGUUGCUGCGCCUGCGUUAGCUUUCUGUAAACAUCAUUCGCCCAACCCAAAAAGGCGGAAACGUCAAGGAACGUCAAAUCAGCACAAGGACAUUGAAUUAGUAUGAAAAAUCAAUAAUUACAUAGCUACUAAGACGCACAGCCGGAAGUGCAUUUUUAUGAGUGUCAAGUUAACUGCAGCAGAGAAAACGCAAAUUUUAUUGCAUAGAUGGUAUUAAAAACAUAUAGAUUGUGAAUAUAAGUUACAUAUAUUGCUCGAGUACAAAAUGGUUGGUAAAGGCGCAUUGAGCGCAGAUGUGACAACAAAGGAACGCCCUGUUUUCAUUCCACCACGAAAACGUCAACAAAACAAAGCCGAGGCUAAAAAGCAAAAUUAUGUCGAUCACAUAGUUAAUGUGCAGCAAAACCGAACUAAACUGUCACCCUCGAAUCCAGGUCUCGAGGAAGAGUUGCUUAAAUCGAAAUUAAUAAUCAAAAAUAAACAACCACUGCCUCAGUUACCAGGUGAACAGGGUGACACAAUCGCCAGCACCAACUCAGCCAGUUCCACUCAACAGAGCAAUAAAUCAGCACGAUCCGCCAACAAUCUGAAUGAGCUACAGAAUUUUGAGUCUAUUUCCCAGGGCACCAAGUCCACGUCACAGCGCCAUGAGAGCAGCACAGUAACGCCCAGCAGCUGUUGCUAUUCAGAGAGCAGCUUGGAUGCCAAGCUGAGCAAAUCGCAGGACUGUCUUAGUCUGAGCAAUCGUUCAUCGUCAAAGAAGCGAGUUAACAUACGCACCUCCGACUUGCCACAAGUGCGCAGCGGACGAGCUACGCCGGAUAUAGCCAACUAUGAGGAUCUGGAGUCGGGUGAAACCAGUGUGCUGAACACCUACGAUCAAAGUCUAGAACGCUAUCAAACACGCAAGUCGGGAGUCGAUGGAAGUAACUAUUUAACUAUGACAGGCACCAUUAAGAGGGGUCGCAAGAAAGGUCAGUCUAUUGAUCUGCAGAUUAACAUCAGCCGGGAGGAACUGGAACAGCUUAAUGCCCAUGCCAUGGCGAGUGAAUCGCACAAGGGUCAGAAUCUCUGCUGCACUUGCAGCUGUGGUGUUGGUCUACACAUCUUUCUCAUCUCGUUAAUAUGUUUACCCUUUGUGACUAUCAUCUCGGCUGCCUACUCAUUUUACAUCGGCACUUUGACCUGGUAUAAUAUGUUCAACUACUACUGCGAGGAGAAGUCGUAUUUGCACAAGAUCUUUGUCACGCCCAUACUCUUUCUGGCCUAUCCAUUGGCGAUUGUCCUUUGCACCUUUGGCCUGGGCUUGUAUUCGGGAUUUAAGCAACUGAGUCUGCAAUACAGCAGCUGGGUAAAUGAUAUAACCGAUAUAGAGAAGGGUUUCUAUGGCUGGUUGUGCGGCUUCUUACACAUGUCUGACUGCAGUCCCUACGAGGUGGUCAUCCUAACUGAUAUAUGUGUGGCCCCACAGGACCCUCAGCGGCUACACAUAAAUAAGCCCAGGCAGGAAUUAUCUAUGUAAAAC